UUCACCUGUCAUGUCUUGGUUCUGAAACAGAGAAACUCACAAACCAAAGAAAAAACUUUUGUGGAAAUCUUUUUUACUUUUUGCCAUUUUUGGUAAAACAGAAAUUCACAUCACGAGAGUGUUACUACAGAGACAGAACAUAAACUGAUUUUUUUUUUACUCAUCACUUAAAAGAAAAAAUGGAUUCUUCUACAGAUUUCUAUAUCUUUGAUGGUUCGUCUUCAUCUUCUUCCUCAGUGUUCAGAAAUUCGAGUCCAGAUAUGUUUUCUUCAGACACAACAACAACUACAGAUUUGUUCUGCAACAAUGAACUUUACUCUGUUGAAGAAUCACUCAACAUUUUUGACCAUUUUACCCCUCAACACAUUCUCUCUUCAUCACCUCCAAGUGAUCUUCUCGGAACCCUAAGUCUCUCUCAGCAUAUUCCCACCGGAUUAUAUCCAAAUUUCUCAGAUUUCCAAAUCUCCGACGCCGUCAAAACAGAGAAGUUCUUCGACGGUCAUAAUCAGGCGGCAACAAUGGCACGAAGCUACAGUACCAUAGAGAAUUCAGGGAGAUAUAUGCAGAGAAGCUUUAGCAGCAAUUCGGUCGAGGGGAAACAAACUCAGGUUCCGUUCAACAUUCCGAUGAUGGAUUCUUCAAACCUUAGUUACAAUAACUUGAGCUCCCCGGAAAAUGCUUUCUUUUCCAGUCAGAUGCGACGUGUCUACAGCACCGGAGAUUUGCAGAAUAAUAUGGAAAUGCAGAGAUCGUCUGAAAACUCAACGAUGCCGUUUUCAGAGGAACAGAACUUCAAGGUGGGACGUUACAGUGCAGAAGAACGUAAAGAGAAAAUAUCAAAGUACAGAGCUAAACGAAACCAGAGAAACUUUACCAAAACUAUUAAGUAUGCAUGCCGGAAAACAUUGGCGGACAGUAGACCUCGAAUACGUGGUAGAUUUGCACGCAAUGACGAAGUUGUAGAAAUCCCCAACAUUGAAGAUGACGACUCCGAGCUUUGGAAAUUGGAUGGGCUCCAUGAGAAAGAGGAAGCUUCUGUGAGCAGCUUUGUGGUGCAACAACCUCUCUUGCACUACACAACUUCCUCUUCCUUUUUCUGGUGAAAGACUCUUAAGACGAAGAUAUUUUUUAUUUUCUUUGAAAGAAAAUAUCAUUCUAGUUGGUCACUAAUUGUAUUAUAUAUUGCAUCAAAACAAUAACAAUAAAACAGAUUUAUCAAUUUUAGAAGAAUGUAAAUUUUAAUAAAUUACACUGUAUUGUUUUUGGUUAUUUAUUUUUCUGUAUUGAAAACGACUUAACAAUUGUCUUUACCUAUUUUGUGUGAGUGAAUUUAAUAAUUUAAUUUCAAAUACUUGACCCGGAUAUAAGAUUCUUUAUAUGAUGUCAAUUUUACAAGAAUUUUGAUUAGUGGACUAAAAAUUCGAUUUUUGAUGCUCUUUAUCAUGAAAAUAUAUAGUAUUAUUUAAUUCUCCCAACCAUAGAGGAUCAAGAUCCUCUCUCUGAUCAGUGAUCAUGUUAUUAGUGUACGAAAAGUUUAGGGAAAUUAUUACAUUUACCUAAAGUCAAAUGACCCACUGAAUAUACAAAUCGACAUCAAAUUUCUUGUGGAGAAAAAAGUUUGCUCACAAACCCUAGUUGAUUUAUGUUUUCAUCAAUAUAUAAUAUAUAUAUUUAGACUUUGAAAACAGUUUGAUCGUCCAUACUCCAUAGGUAGAUUAGAAAACCAUUUUUUGUUUAGAAGAUUUGCAAAACUACCCUUUUUUCACUACCCUUUUGUAACAAUACCCUUUUAUGUCGUCCAUUUUUAAAAAUACUCUUUUUCUGGAACAAAAUGACCAAAUUACCCUCAUCUAAUAGAAACAUGUAAUUGAAAAUUGAACUUUUCCCGUCAUUUUUUUGGCGUCAAAUUUUUUUUUCCCGCCAAAAAAAAUUUUCCGCCAAACUUUUUUCCCGC